CCGUCGUUUACCUUUCUUGUUUUCGUAACAGUUCAUUGUCUCCAAAUGAUGUGGAAAAGCUUCUCCAGAAGCUUCAAGCACUGGUUACAAAUAUCAAGUGGAGCCCAGAGGACGUGUCAGACUUGUUUGAUGCUCUUUUGAUCCGAUUUGAAUCUACGUCAACAAAUGACAGAUCCCAUCUGUUCAACUGGCUCAUGCAAAUGUUACACUGCAUUGAAGUAAACUUCAUUACUUCCAGCUGGAGAUCAAAAUCAGGAAAGACACUUAUCGAGUUGGUCCAAGACAAGACUGUAACAGAUGAAGAGCUCAAGAAUCACUUAUCAGAAGAUGAAGAAAAGACACUGGAUGAGAUUAUUCAGGAAAUCCGACAUGAAAAGUUAAACCAAGUUGAUGAAAAACUUUUAGAUGAUAUAAAAGAUAUUGUGUCAUCGGUUCAUAAAAAGCUGACUAUACAAGAUGAUAAAUUAAAGACUAGUAAGCUGAAACUAAUCUUGAAGAAGAUAUGUAAGGCAGUGAAAAAAACAGCCAAAUACAGACCGCGACUGACUCAGAUGGUGAGCUGGUGUCUCAUGGCUCUUUCCACAACGGGGCGGUUACUUCAGGUUGGCACAGGAGAAGGGAAGUCAUGCAUUGUGGCAAUGUUUGCAGCGUUCCGAGCUAUGAAAGGAGAAAAAGUAGAUAUCAUGUCGAGCUCACCAGUUCUAGCAGUGAGAGAUUUGGAUGACUGGAAAGAAUUUUAUAAGUUAUUGAAUAUCAGCGUGGACUGCAACAUCAACAAACAAGGUAAUGACUUAAAAAAGUGCUACCAGUGUGAAGUUGUUUAUGGUACCGUGGAACAGUUUGCUGGAGACUGGCUUCAGCAGCAUUUUCAAAAGAAUGACAUAUUUGGCAAGAGGACAUUCAAGUGUGCUAUAGUGGAUGAGGUGGAUUCCUUGAUGUUAGAUAAGGGUCAUCAUGUUGUGUACAUAAGCAGUGACAUGCCUGCUUUGCAGCAUCUCAACCCACUGCUGGCAUCCAUAUGGGCCACAGUUAAUCAGUACAGUAAGAUCAACACAGAGACGACUGUAGGACGAAAAUACCCCUUUCAUCAAGUUGUAUCUAAACAGAUUAAAGAUGAAGGUAUUGAUGAGUUUGCCGUUCUUCAGAUAGCAGAGGAAGCUGGUGUACUGGCCAAAGGAUCAGUUAGGGAAAUAAGAAGGAACCCAAGUCUUUUAAUGGAAAAAAUAGCAAACGUUCCUGCAGACAAGCUGGUUGAGUUCUUCAAAAUAGUCGAGCGAAAAUACCCAUCCUGCCACUUUGCUCUGCACUGCAAAAGCACAGAUGGAGAAAUAAAAGAACUGCACAAAAAACCACAAGGAGGAAAUGAGCAGAGACAAGUAUCCCUGCUGUUGGUCAACGGAGGUUUCUGCCAGUACAUGUACACCGACAAAAACAGUGUGCUGAGAGCUGCAGAAGAAGAAAUAAGAGGGGCUCUGCAUUUUACACCAUGCCAACUGAAGGACUCUGAAAGUAGCUGCUUCAUCCCAGGAUUCCUCUCAGAUUUGGUUGAAGCUAAACUAAAGGUUUGGAUUAAAAAUGCAUUCCAUGCACAAACCAUGCAAAUGGAUCAUGAAUAUGUCCUGGAGAGACAUGGAAUAGUUCCUGUGGAUUACAGCUGCACAGGGGUUGUUGAAAACUUCAGGCAAUGGCCAGAUGGUCUGCACCAGUUUCUGGAAAUGAAACACGGGUUUAAGCUGAGUGAUAUGACAGCCAUCACCAACUACAUGUCCAGUGUUGGCUUGUUUCAGAAGUAUGGAAGUCAGAUCUACGGCAUGUCUGGAACUCUUGGUAGACAAGCAGAGACCGAAACUUUGCAGAAAAUCUAUGAGGGAAUCACAACCUGCCAGAUACCUUCUUUCAAACGUAGAAAGCUGUUUGAGGUUGAAGGAAUGAUUGUGGAGAAUGAAAACGAAUGGAUUGAGAAAAUCUGCAACGUUGUUGUUGAACAAACCAAACCAGCACCAUAUAGGGGUCAACGAGCUGUGCUGAUCAUCUGUGAGACAAUCAAAUGGGCGAAAACUUUCCACAGAGCUCUGGGAGAUAAGGUCCCACACAAAAAGCUUUAUGUAAACAACAAUGCAGACUUCAGCACAAUCUUUUCCAAGGAUCUUGAAGCAGGAGAGGUCAUCAUAGCCACAAACCUGGCAGGUCGUGGAACAGACCUUCAGAUUUCCGACUCAGUAAAGGAAGCUGGAGGUUUGUUCGUUGUGCAGACCUUCCUACCCAGGAACGCUCGUGUGGAGGCUCAGGCCUUUGGUCGCGCUGCUAGACAAGGUUCUCCUGGGUCUGCUCAGCUCAUUGUCUGUUCCAUGCAUCUGUCAGAGCCGCUUCAACUUCUGGUUUUAACAAAGAGAAGUCAGUUUUUGUUGGAAGAUGUUACAGAUGUCAGGUCAUCUUUUCAAAGUCUGUUUAUAAUGUAUUUGAGGCUGUACCAGAAAGGCCACAGUGAUGAGCACAAAGAGAUGUCUUUGAUAUCGUCAAGUGUUUUGACUGAGGAGAUAAAAUCAGAUAUAAUGAUGGUGAAAACAUUAAGAGAUGACUCUGUGGCCAAAGAACUAUCCAGAUACUUGGAAUGUCACAUCCCAAAUAUAAAGAAGAAGGAGGAGCUCUUCGGUCAGUAUUUGCAAACACUAAAUAAUCUGUAUGACUGCAGCAACAAGCCAGCAGAAUCAUAUGUGGCUGCACUCAAUGAAUUUUGGGGAAUGUGGCUGCUCACUAAAUUCAAUGAGAACGAUUCCAUCCAACUACUGAAAACGAUGCUGAAAGACGACCUGAACAAAGCCAUGGAAAAACUCAAGAAGGGAGAAUCCCCCUUAUCAAACCUGCACCACUACACUGCUUUUGGCAGUGAGCUACAAAAAAUGGGAAAACUUUCAGAGAGCAUCACCAUGUACACCAAAGCAAUAAAAGAAGACCAAUGCUGGGCUGCAGUUGCAUACUACAACCGAGCUUUUGCAACUUUAACCCAGCAAAACAGUCAUCAGGAUCCUGACUGCCUCAAUGGAGCUCUGGAGGAUUUGCAAAAUGCCCUCAAGUCUGUUCAGCUCUACUUCAAACAGCUUGACAUCACUUUCAGAUACGCCACACAGCAAACCAGUGAUGUGACAAGAUUUGACGCACACAUUGCAGCCAGACACAAAGUUUUGGAGUUUUUCAAAACAAAUAUUCUGGAAGCAAUACAGAAGGUACAGAGGUCUAUAAACAGAGGUGGAUUUGUGAAUGUGGAGAAGAGGUCGGUCUACUUCCUUGUUUCACUGGAGCAUUUACUGCCUUUGGUUUUACUUUCCCUGGAAUCAGUGAGGGUCAUUUACUCCAGAGACCCAUUGAAGUGCUGCCAACUCAUUAGCCAUCCAUCUUGUGACGUUUUUACUGAACUCAGGAGUUUAGAAGCCAUGGGCUUGACUCAUAUCUAUGUGUUAGAUACCCGGUUUUCUUUGGCUGGCUUUAUUUCAGGGAUAGGCAGAAGUGUACGUUCAGUUUGGAGGAGAAUUUUUCCAGUAACUGGGCAGAAAGGUUAAUCACAAAACUGAGCAUUCAGUGGUGUAAAGUUUAAGACUAAAAAUCAAGCACAGACUUACAUUAACCAAAUAGCAUUUUCUCAGAAUUAAGUUAAACAUAUUACCUUUGAAAUGAUUUUGUUAAUGCACUAUUAAUUAGUUUUUUGGAUUUGGAGAACACCUGUGAUCUUAACUGUACAAAGCCAACUGAGUCAGCUGUUGAACCGAAAUAGAGUAUAAUCGUUAUUGUUAUUGGUUUGAAUAAGCGCUGCUUUGACUUGUAUCUGAUUUUGACUUUUUUUGACAAUCCAUUUUUAUUUUUUAUUAUUAUCUUAAAUCACUUUUUUCCUCUAACUAUUGUUCCCUACAUUUCACGAAGAAAAAGUGGCUUUCCAUUCCAUCAUAUGAUAGUUUAUUAAUUUAUGUAUACUUUUUUCGUUAGUGGGUAAGAUAUUUGGACCUCAUCUUUGAUUACGCUAUUUAAUCUACUUUCAUACUGAUCUUUUUUUAAAAUUUUGUGUUGGGAAAAAAGCUUGUUCAUUUUUGAGUUUUCAAGCACUGUAAAAUCUUUUGUUUAUUAAUACUACCAGAAUCAUUCAAGUAUGUUUUGGUUAAUUCACAUUUAAUGAGAAAUUAUUUUCUGAUGAACAUUCUAAGAUAAUUUGAUUAUGUGCACUUUUAAACUGCACUUUUAGGAGUUUUUAAUCACCUUCUUUUAACUACUGAUUCUGGAAGUCUUGCUGUAAUGGUUCUUUUAGACUUAACAGCAGCAUGUUACACAGUUGACCACAAACAAACUGACACACUUGGUGCAAUGUGGCCCUGUCUGUGUUCAUCUUUGUAAGUUUUGAACUUCUAAAUGGUGCUGUAAGUGUUCUUGGUCUUGUCCAUGAGAAAAAUCUUGGUGUGAUUGUUGAUAGCUCUUCUAACUUCCACCAGCAGGUCAGUUCAGCAGUUAAAAGUGUUUUCUUUCAUUUGAGGCUGCUUGGCAAGAUAAAGCCCUUCCUGCCUAAACAAGCCCUAGAAAAGGUCAUCCACCUGCUCAUCAUGUCCCACUUCAAUUACUGCAACUCCCUGUAUUAUGGUCUUGAUCAGCCAUCUUUGCACCGAUUGCAUCUCGCUCAAAAUGCAGCUGCUCGGUUGCUUACAGGAAGGAGGCAACGUGAUCACAUUACCCCUGUGCUUGCUACUUUGCAUUGGCUUCCUGUUAGUUUUAGGAUUCAGUACAAAGUUUAUUACUUGUUUUUAAAGCCUUAAACGGUUUAGCUCCCUUGUAUCUGUCAGAGCUGCUGUAACAGCAUGCUCCAGCCAGGGCUCUGGUCUUCUACACGGCUCCUUCUGAAGGUCACAUGGUCUAAGCUCAAAUCCAAGAAUGACAGAGCUGUUUCGGUUGCUGCUCCAAAGUUGUGGAACAGUUUACCUUUUUACUUUAGAGCUGCCCAGUAUGUUUCUGGUUUUAAAUCCUUGCCCAAGAUCCACUUCUUUGCACUGGCUUCUAACAUAACUGAGCUUGACAUUUGCUUGCUUUUACUUUUUAUUACAUUUUUAUCUCAUUAGCUUUUUUUUUUCUACAGAUUUUUAUUGUUUAUUGUUUUAUUGUUUAGUGUUUUAAGUUGUAGUUGUUUCUUUUUGUUCAGCACUUUUGGGCAACUGGGGUUGCAGUAAAUGUGCUAUAUAAAUAAAUGUAAACUUAAACAUGAACUUGAAUGGGAAAUAAAAAAGUUAA